GCAAAUCUCGAAUGGCUGUCCGUGCUCAAUUUGAAAAUAGUAACGAGAUCGGUGUCUUUUCCCGUUUGACCAACAGUUAUUGUUUGGUCGCUUUAGGUGGAUCCGAAAACUUUUACAGUGUUUUUGAAGGAGAGUUGGGUGAUGUUAUCCCCGUUGUCCAUACCUCUAUUGCCGGUACCCGUAUUAUUGGUCGUUUAACUGCCGGUAACAAGAACGGUUUGCUUGUUCCUAGCACCACAACUGAUCAAGAACUUCAACAUUUACGUAACUCACUUCCUGAAGCUGUUGCUGUUCAACGUGUUGAAGAGCGUUUAUCUGCUUUGGGUAAUGUCAUUGCUUGUAACGAUUACGUUGCUUUAGUUCAUCCUGACAUUGAUCGCGAGACCGAAGAAAUUAUUGCUGAUACUCUUCAAGUCGAAGUUUUCCGUCAAACAGUUGCUGAUAAUGUGUUAGUCGGUUCUUUCUGUGCUUUAAGUAACCAAGGUGGUCUUGUUCAUCCUCGUACCUCUAUUCAAGAUCAAGAUGAAUUAUCUUCUCUUUUGCAAAUUCCUUUAGUUGCUGGUACAGUUAACCGUGGUUCCGAUGUUAUUGGUGCUGGUUGUGUCGUUAACGAUUGGUGUGCUUUUGCUGGUAUGGAUACCACUUCCACCGAAUUAAGUGUAAUGGAAAGUAUCUUCAAAUUACAAGAUGCUCAACCUACUGCUAUUAUCAAUGAAUUAAGAGAUACCUUGGUUGAUACUUACUCAUAAAUAUUUUAUCGCAAAGCCUCUUUUUUCAUUUUGUCAAAUAGUUUUUUUUUCCCUUCUUAUACACGCAAUUUACAUCUCUUUUUAAAAACAUAUUUUGAAUAAAUAUUGUAACAUAUUUUUAUUAA